UUAAAACAAGAGUUGCUCUGAAAUAGAAGCCUCUGUAACUGAGGCAUUUAAGAGAUAUUUCCCUCUAGUACCUCAUUUGUUUAAUAAAGCUAAUUUGAGAUCAUAUCAGAGGAUUUUGCGUAACAGUUUACUUCUGGUCAGGUUAGUUAUUUCUCGCCUCAGCAGAGAUGAAAGCAGUAAUUCUUGCUGCUGGAUAUGGGACAAGACUGCAGAGAGAUAUCGAGAAUGACAAAACAGGACAAUUCAAACAUCUAAGAGGCAUUGCCAAGCCGCUGCUUCCAGUGGGCAGCUGCGCCCUCGUCUCUCACUGGGUUCGGGCACUGACUGGAACUGGCUGUGUCGAUGCAAUUUAUGUCGUUACCAAUGCAGUUUAUUACGAGGCAUUCCAGGAGUGGGCACGAGAUUUUCCUAAUGUGAAAAUCCUUAAUGAUGGGACUCGAACCAAUGAGGAACGCCAUGGGGCUGUCGGCUGCCUGCAGAUGACAGUGAGGCACUUUGCCAUAGAGGAUCAUGUCUUAGUUAUCGGAGGAGACACUUUGUUCAAAGAGGAUUUCAGUCUGGCUAAAUUUACAGAGAGGUUUUCGGAGCUCCAGAAGAAGAACGGUGACAGUAAUUUAGUGCUUUCAUACCAGUGCAAAGAGGAAGAAACUUCAAAGUAUGGUAUCCUGGAAGUGGACGAGGACCUUAGGGUGCUGCGUAUGAGGGAGAAGCCUCUCCCGUCCGAGACCAAAUCACGUCACGCAUGUCCGUGUUUUUAUUUGUUUUCGGCGACAAGUCUUCCCCUGCUGGACACGUUCCUAAAUGAGAAGAAGAACGCGCCGCUUGAAGAGAGAGACGCGCCUGGCACUUUUCUCUCGUGGCUCAUACUACGAAAGCCUGUGUUUGUCCAUCGGAUAUCCAGCCGCUUCGACGUGGGAAACCUUCCGUCGUAUCUCGAGUGUGACAGUUACUUCAAAGUCCAACUUCAAAAUUCAGAACUUUAUUUAAUGUGACACUCAAACCUGACAACACUAUGCUUUUUAAGGACGAGCUUUUUAAUCAUUAAGAGACACCGAGAUGUAAAUUUGUACAAAGAUUUGAGAACGGCAAACUUGAAGAUGUUAAUUUCAAACGGUACAGUUUUUUGUAUCUGUAUAGUUCAACCCAGUGGGUGACAAAUGUGUGGUCUGUACAUUCCUUAAGAACACAGAUCGGAAAAUGAACUAUGAUAAUAAUAAACAAUGCAGACCUAAACCUGA